CGUAUGGAACAAAAGAAUCUUACAAGAGUUUCAGAAUUUCUUCUUCUGGGACUAUCAGAGGAACCAGAACUGCAGCUCCUCAUAUUUGGGCUCUUCCUCGCCAUGUACCUGAUCACUGUGUUUGGAAAUUUGCUCAUCAUCCUGGCCGUCAGCUCAGACUCCCACCUCCACACGCCCAUGUACUUCUUCCUCUCCAACCUGUCCUUGGUGGACAUCUGUUUCACCUCCACCACCAUCCCAAAGAUGCUGCUGAACAUCCAUACACAGAGCAAAGUUAUCACUUAUGAAGGCUGCAUCACCCAGAUGUAUUUUUUCCUACUCUUUGCAGUGUCGGAUGUCUUCCUCCUGACCAUAAUGGCCUAUGACCGCUAUGUGGCCAUCUGUCACCCCCUGAACUACACAGUCAUCAUGAACCCACGGCUCUGUAGGCUCCUAGUUCUGGUGUCCUGGAUUGUGAGUGCGCUGAAUUCGUUUUUAGAAAGCUUAAUGGUUUUGAGACUGUCCUUCUGUGUAGACUUGGAAAUUCCCCACUUUUUCUGUGAACUCAUUCAGAUGGUCCAGCUUGCCUGUUCUGACACCUUUCUUAAUGACAUGCUAACGUAUUUUGUAACUGUUCUACUGGAUGCUGGUCCCCUGGCUGGUAUCCUUUACUCUUACUCUAAGAUCAUUUCCUGCAUACGUGGAAUGUCAUCAGUUCAGGGGAAGUAUAAAGCAUUUUCUACCUGUGUGUCUCACCUUUCAGUUGUCUUCUUAUUUUAUUGCACAAGCCUAGGAGUGUACCUCAGCUCUGCUGCUACUCACAGCUCACACUCAACUGCAGCAGCUUCAGUGAUGUACACCGUCAUCACACCCAUGCUGAACCCGUUCAUCUACAGUCUGAGGAAUAAAGACAUAAAAGGGGCUCUGAAAAGAUUCUUUGGGGUGGCAGCUAUAACAGGGACAGUAGUCCUGAGGCUGGAAAAGUGCCCUUGA